AUGAGAACGUCUUCCCGCAUUCCCGCAAUGAGAACGUCUUCCCGCAAUGAGAACGUCUUCCCGCAUUCCCGCAAUGAGAACGUCUUCCCGCAUUCCCGCAAUGAGAACGUCUUCCCGCAUUCCCGCAAUGAGAACGUCUUCCCGCAUUCCCGCAAUGAGAACGUCUUCCCGCAUUCCCGCAAUGAGAACGUCUUCCCGCAUUCCCGCAAUGAGAACGUCUUCCCGCUUCCCGCAAUGAGAACGUCUUCCCGCAUUCCCGCAAUGAGAACGUCUUCCCGCAUUCCCGCAAUGAGAACGUCUUCCCGCAUUCCCGCAAUGAGAACGUCUUCCCGCAAUGAGAACGUCUUCCCGCAUUCCCGCAAUGAGAACGUCUUCCCGCAUUUCCGCAAUGAGAACGUCUUCCCGCAUUUCCGCAAUGAGAACGUCUUCCCGCAUUCCCGCAAUGAGAACGUCUUCCCGCAUUCCCGCAAUCAGAACGUCUUCCCGCAUUCCCGCAAUGAGAACGUCUUCCCGCAUUCCCGCAAUGAGAACGUCUUCCCGCAUUCCCGCAAUGAGAACGUCUUCCCGCAUUCCCGCAAUCAGAACGUCUUCCCGCAUUUCCGCAAUGAGAACGUCUUCCCGCAUUCCCGCAAUGAGAACGUCUUCCCGCAUUCCCGCAAUGAGAACGUCUUCCCGCAUUCCCGCAAUGAGAACGUCUUCCCGCAUUCCCGCAAUGAGAACGUCUUCCCGCAUUCCCGCAAUGAGAACGUCUUCCCGCAUUUCCGCAAUGAGAACGUCUUCCCGCAUUUCCGCAAUGAGAACGUCUUCCCGCAUUUCCGCAAUGAGAACGUCUUCCCGCAUUCCCGCAAUCAGAACGUCUUCCCGCAUUCCCGCAAUGAGAACGUCUUCCCGCAUUCCCGCAAUGAGAACGUCUUCCCGCAUUUCCGCAAUGAGAACGUCUUCCCGCAUUCCCGCAAUGAGAACGUCUUCCCGCAAUGA